AGUCGGUUCGUUAUAUAGACGGUGAGCGGAGUCCUCCCUCAUAGAAGGUGUCUGACUGAAUAAUGAGAGAUACAGACUGCCAUGGUCAAGCUGGCCAAGCUGUUCCUCCACACAUAGUAAAAGAUUCGAACAUUCACUUUCCAACAGAAAAACCAGAAGGAGCGUGAAGAGAUUAUAGGGGAAGACCUUAACAUUUAGCAUAUGCUGUUACAAGGGCUAUUUCUCGUUAUACAGAAGCUCAAUGUUUACAAUCCCUUCUGUGGGACUUUGCUGACCCCCAACACACCACAUUAGCCAAUCGCCUGCCUCGCUGCGACUUCCCGUCCAAGAAGAAUCUUCAGUGUACUUCCCCGGGGGGCCCAUCCAAUCAUGUUCCAGCGACUGACCCGUCUAUUCUUCAGUGAGGGACCAGCCUGUGAAGCCGAAGAGCCCAAAGAUUUUGUCUCCGAGGAGGAAGAUGAUGGCUGGCUUAUUAUUGACAUCCCAGAAAGCUACACAUUAACCUCAAGCAGGGACGAUGUGGCAGAAGGCCAGGAGGACAGUGAUGCUUCCAGCCCACUGCCACACUCCUUGGGUGAUAGGAUCGGUUGGUCUAUUCCCCCCCGCCCGCCCCACUCGAUGGACGAGAGCUGGUUUGUUACCCCUCCCCCCUGUUUUACUGCAGAGGGUCCUGGCCAAACUGCGGUGGGAAGCAGUCCACUGGAAGACCUCCUUAUAGAACAUCCCAGCAUGUCGGUCUACAUCACAAGCGGAAGCAUCGUGGUGGGGCGAGACGCCACGGAAAUCACAGUCACCAGAGACAGGUCACCGAGCAAAACCAGAGUGGAACGACGCACACCUCAUCACGCCACCUCUGUCUCUGCCAAAGCCGCCAUAUUAGGAAAAGUGGGUCAAGUCUCACGGAUCCAACGCGCCAAAGCUCAGGUGGACAAGCGCAAGCUGGGACGUAAACAUCUGCAACGGCAAAAUCUGGCACAGGCGUUCCAGGGCAGCAAUGCAAUGCGACACUGCAAAUUUGUGAGCCAGCCUAGGCAGCGCCAGUGUAACCACUGAACUACUCUUUUUAGCUGUUUACAUGAACAAGGGCAUUAUCUAUCCUCAGAACCCCCGUCCGUCCAUCCUGCCUCAUGGUUUGUCAGUACCGUCUCUUGCCUCUACUGUCCCCUACCCUAAGCACAAGAUCACCAUCACCCUUCUCUCUUGCUGUUUUGGUGCUGAAGAAACUCCAUUGUAGUGGAGAGUUUUAAGUCGCUAAUAAUGGUAAAGUGAGGAAGGGUGUUGGAGGCUUCCUCUAGGUAAAAAGCUCACCAAACCCUCAAAAGGCUUUUUUAAUGUACUUAGAUUUUAGCUGCUUUUUAACACAUGUUUUUAUUAUGGCCAAGUUUCUGUUGUUGAGGGUAUUGGUUUUUGUCAAUAAUCCAGGCUUUAUUUUCCAGGUACUAAAGAAUGGUUUGGAAUUUUUAAAUUGCUAACUUUAAAUCCACACCCUCACUACUAGAAGUGAGCAUCUUUCAGAAACCUCUUUGAAGCUCAUUAUCAGGGAAUUAGACCAGACAACACUGGAAGGAUGUGUACAGUGCAUUAUUUAAAAGAGGUAUGAGGUUUGGGUUUUCUGAAUUAUACUUGCCUAGCUGCAUCUGGGCCCCGCCAGCUCUAACACUGAGAACCGAGCGAUUAAACACCGCCGAUCGCUCAGUUCCUAGGGCCCUUCGAGCAGAGAUCUGGUGACUGUCAGCCACAGUCUCUCUGCUCUGUCCACCCCUUUGUUUAAACGCUGGGCUGUGGAGGGGGCAGGAGAGGCUGGCUCAGGCUCUCAGCGGCUCGCUGAUAGGCUGACCUGGGUACCAGUCCAGGCAUGCGGGCGGAUCCCAACCAUAUGGUUGUGAUCCUUUCAGAGCCUUCACUGACUCGUGACCUCAGCCGACAGCGGGUUUCAGCAGAACGAACUGCACUCCUGUGGUCCACAGGGGAAUCUGUGGCUGUGCUUCUCCUUUAGUCCAGGUUCACACUAUAGCAAUGUCAGACAUUGCAUGGGAUUCACACCCGCACCGCAGGUGCUGAUCCCAUGCAAUGUCUGUACAAUGCAAGUUCAGCCAUACAGUUGUGCUGGUUCCUGCAUCGCAUAUAUGUGAAACUAGACUAAAUGUAGAGCAGUAGUUUGUCCUAUUAAAUAAAGAUCCAAAUCUCGUACAAGGCUUUGCUUUGCACUGUACACAUAAGGUUGGUAUGAAGACCAUACAUGGCUCUAUCAAUCACAUCUCUUGCCAAAGGGACCUGCAAUGCUUCACAUUAGUAGAAAGUAAGAGCAGGUUUACGAUGGCAAGUGGAUGUAGAUGAAUGGGUAUGGAGAGAGUGGACUUCUGUUAAAGAAAAAGGCAAUCGGUAAUGGAGUUUUUAAAGUAGGAUGGAAAUAUUGAGAGUGUUAAAUGGAUAACAAGUAGGGUUGCUGGAAGGCCAAUUUAAUAGAGAAACAAUUCUGAGUACAUGUGUAUAUAAUAUUCUUUUUAUUUAUUUGGGUUCCUGCUUCUCCUAUGUAGCUGUGCUACCAUUCGGUAGAAUUGAUCUUAGUGGGUUCAAUCCCAAACAUCCUAUAUUUAACCAAUCAUUGAGAUCUGUGUAACGUUAAAUUGGGUGAAGUCUAGAUGCCGCUUGCAAUCCCCCAACCAUUCUGUCCACCCUCUUGGUUAUAUAUCUGGGUCACAUAAUGCAACAGGGAGUUGGUGUCUGUGUGCAGAUGACCACCAUUUUGCUAAAGUCACUGGAGCCUGACAGGCCAAUCCCCUUUUUUUUUUUUUUUAAGAAAACCUUAGGCAAGCUUCAGCACUACGUAAAACAAAUGGAAAGCCUGUAAGAUACAUAAAAGUAAACAAAAAAAGGCUUUAAAGGUUGCCACUGAUGAUCCCAAUAAGGAAAUAAGUGCUCAAAAUGUAUAUAAUUUAUGGUUGCGUCUCUAUUCUUUACAUUUUUCUGGGUGGUAGACGCCCCUUUUUCUUUCAAUGAGACUUAACAACCCGCAAUAAUCCCAAUUUUGAAUGGUUGCGUCUUUAUAUUCUUUACAGAAAGCCUGCAAGAGCUGAAAGAUGCAUUAGGAAAGCUGCUGAAAGCUUGUUAUAUAUGCACUUCUCUUAUACACACUGCAGUCUGUCUGUACAAAAGGCCUUAUAGUAUCUGAAGGCACCACAGCUCAGCCAUAAGGGCAACACAAGACUGGUGACUACAAACAGGUCCUGUCUUUCUUACCUUUGAUUUUAUUGGUUAUCAAGUCCCUUUUUUUAGAUUUUUGUUUUUUUAAGCUAAAUACGUGAAUUAGGAUUUCUGGGAAAAUGAAUUCAAUUGAAGAAAUACGAUACUUACUGAAGAUUUACAUUUUAAAUGCAUUUCUGUUUUGUUUUCUGUGUGGGGGAUUCUGAAUUUGCAUUGCUAUGUUAUAAAAAAAAAUGAAAAACCCGAAGCAGAUGUAAACUCAGUGCUUUAGAAAAAUGGAGGCAUUAGGAAGGCAGGUUGGCAUUCUCAAACUUUUUAAAACUUCAGUAGGAAACGCCAAGUCCCCGUGUUGGGUCAGAUGACCCACAGCAGCUUUAUAUUUAGGUAAAGUCUUCAAACACUUUAUCAUUAAAGACUCUGAAAUCCUCAUUUCAUGAGUGCACUGCUGCUGCAACUUCACCACCUGCGAGCGGGAUCUGAAGGACCUGCUGGUUUGUUUUUACAGUUUGAUGGGCCCAACGCUACUUAUCUGCCUAAUGCCUCAGUAGUUUUCAGAGAUGGACCUAAACUCUGAAGUUAGGUUAGCCUUAAGACAAUAAAAAUGAUAUAAGCCGCUAUUUCAGGCCAGCAACCCUACUCUGAUAGAUUAGAACUGCGCUGAAGCAUUGCAAGUCCCUUUACUGGUCACUAGUAAAUAUGGGCUAUGUGCAAUGUACAGUAACCCAUGUCAAUCAACCAACAGUCUUCUCUCACUGUUCCACUGCUGGAGGUGGAAUCCAAUCUAGUGAACUGCUCUAUGUACUGCCUUAUUAAGUAAGCCUGCUUGCUAGGUUUCAGGUACUUACAAACUCCUAGCCUCCAAUUCCUUUCAGUAAAAUACUGAAUGUUGAUUGCCUAAUGUGUUUUGGUACACGGAUCGGUUACUGAGCAUUUGCACAUAAUCCAUAUAUAUUACAGAACACUGAGAUUUCCUGAAUGCAGAUGGUGACCACAGAUUCAGAUUGUCAUGAUGUUUAAAAUAAUACUACUGCUCCUUUUUAUGUAUUGCGCUUUUCAAAGAGGUUUGGUGGGAAUAAAUUAAAAUGGCAAGAAACAAUUUUAAAGGAAAGCAGUUGGGAUUCCUGGCUGUCACGCUGAUCCAAUGGCUUCAGUACCUUUUUGAAGUCAUCAGGAACCUCACUCCGAACUUGAUUUGCAUGCUUGUUCCAGAUCCAUGUCUAAAACUACCAAAGCCAGAGACAUCCACACAACUAAUGGUUUAAGAAUCUGGCUGCUUCUGUUUUUCUUUCAAGAUAGUUGUCCUUUAAAUGGAGGGUGAUUAGGAUGUUUGCUGUUAAAAGUUUAUACUUUCUGUAUGGAUCUGCAGCCUGAGCAUUGGUUACCUUUAAUUUUCUCUGUCUUCUUCCCUUUGUGUUCGGUAACUAUAUCGGGGAUAUAGAAGAUUCAGUUACGCUAACUCGUAACUUCCCCUUUUAAUUUAAGACAGAGUGGGUGAGAGUCAGAACCUCUCAAGUUUUUAUUGCUGCACAUGUCUUUAUUGGGAAGAUUUCCCACUACUUUCUGUCUCCGUAAUACCAGGACAAGAAAUUUGGGUGCAUGUGACACAGGAGACCCAAAAAUCAACAAACAACCCAACAAGUAAUCUAACCGUUCGUCCAGACAGAAAGUGAGGGCAAAUAUCCCCCCAAUGGAGCCACACACAACUGCAAAACUUGAUAAAAAUUCUUACCUUUCUUUCCUCUAUCUAAAACAUGGCUUUGGGCUUUCAAAACCCUUCCUCUAUCUAAAAAAGAAGAUUUUGAGUUUUUUUAAACCCGUCCUCGAUCUAAAACUAGGAUUUGGGCUUUAAAAACCCCUCCUCUAUCUAAAAAAAGAUUUAGGCUUUUAAAACCCUUCUUCUAUCUAAAACUAGAAUUUGGGCUUUGAAGACCCCCUUCCUCUAUCUAAAACUAAGAGGAGUGUUUUUGGAAACCCAAAUCAAUCUAAAACGAAGAUUUAGACUUUUAAAACCCUUCUUCUAUCAAAACCUUGGAUUUGGGCUCUCAAAAACUUUCUUCGACCUAAAACUAGAAUUUGGCCUUUCAAAACCCCUCCUCUAUCUAAAAAAGAAGAUUUCAAGUUUUUGCAAACCCUUCUUCUAUCUAAACCUUGGAUUUAGGCUUUCAAAACCCUUCCUCUAUCUAAAACUAGGAUAUGGGCUUUAAAAACCCCUCCUCUAUCUAAAAAAAGAAGAUUUGGGCGUUCAAAACCCUUCCUCUAUCCAAAACUAGAAUUUGGGCUUUGAAGACCCCUUCCUCUAUCUAAAACUAAGAGGAGGGGUUUUGGAAUCCCAAAUCCAAGGUUUUGAUAGAAGAAGGGGUUUAAAAGCCCAAAUCUUCGUUUUAGAUAGAGGAGGGGUUUUGGAAUCCCAAAUCAAUCUAAAAUGAAGAUUUAGGCUUUUAAACCCCUUCUAUCAAAACCUUGGAUUUGGCCUUUCAAAACCCUUCUUCGAUCUAAAACUAAGAUUUGGCCUUUCAAAACCCUUCCUCUAUCUAAAAUUAGGAUUUUGGUUUUCAAAACCCUUCCUCUAUCUAAAACUAGAAUUUGAGCGUUCAAAACCGAACAGCUUAUCUUCACAGUGAAGCUUUGGCGGUUAGGUAUAAACCCUCGCUUCAAGUGCCCUCAUCACCCUCCAGAACUUGAUCAAUGACUUUAUGUAGAGCUUUGUAUUAACUGUUAACAUUUUCAGAUUACGGCUAAGAGACGGGUUAUAGGACAAAAUGACUGAGAAAGCAUUUACCCUGUCACCACUGUUUAGUAACCCACCACUUUGUAAUCCAACUUGUACAUAAAUCCUAAAAACAAACAAAAAAAAAAAAAAGGUGCUUAAUAAUUUUCUUUAACAAUGUGUAAAUAUUUUAGAACACUAUUGAAGCAUGUGUGAGUAUUUGGUGACAGUGUUUUUACAACUGGGAACGUGCAUGGUUGGUGUCAUCCAUUCUGUAUAGACACAGAGACACCUCACGGCUAUAAGAUUAUCGUUUUGCUCCAUUGUGUUUUGUAACAGAUUGACUUUUAUAGAGCCGUUCAGGCUCUUUUUGGAAGCAUAUGUGAUUUAGAGCAAAUCUGUGUGGACUCAGGGACCCUAACAGCUAGUGAUAAAAGGCAAUUUGAUGUGCAUGUUUUAUUAUGGUGUACGUUGUGCAGGGAGACUUUUAAGCACAUUUGUAUCUUAUUUUAGGGUCGCUUUCGGAGGGAAAACCGCAGUGAGCAAGUAUGUUGGCCGCCUUAGCUGAUCUCUCCUGAAAAUUUUAGUAUUAGGACUUGAUGCUUUCCAAAGCCAGCCAUACGUGGAUCGAAAUUCCGCUGGUCCCUGCUGAACUGGCUGAAUUUCGAUCCGUGUAUGGGCACUAUGGUUGAAUGAAAAAACAAAAAUGAUGAAUGUAUGGGCUGCCUAAGUUGCUUAUGUGUAACAGAUUUGUACAUUAGCAGCUCCUGGCUGUGACUUCUUCCAGGCCAGUGCUCAAGGGAUUGCAUCCACAGGCUCCCGAGCAACUAGCUUUUGUAGGAAAGUGCAAGCUAAAACAUUGCUAGCACUGGGGAAUUCUGGCAGGUUGUCUACCCUGUGGCAUGUAUACUACAGUUCCCCAGCCUAGCUUGGUCCAAUAGAAAAAAUUCAGAUAAAGAAGGAAGGGACAUGUAGAUACAUGCUAUACAUCAGAAGGUUUAUCAUAAAGUUGGAUGGCUCAUAUCUGCAUUUCACACAAGUUCUUAAUCAUAAGGCUUUACGUCAAGGUCUUUUAUUCAGAUCUUUACAUUACAAGCGAUGCAAACACACAAUCCGUCACAAGAAUAACACUACACAUAGUGACAUAGAAAACAAAUAUGGUUAACCACAGGAUGGAUGGGAUAAGUCAAGGUCUUUAAAGGAUGGAAAAGGGCAGUUUCCUGCCAUAAAAGACAUAUUAUACUCACCUCUCUGGUGGCCCAUGUCUCAUGUCUUACCUCCGGUCCAGUGCUGCAGCCACCAUCAUUGUCUUCAGCAUUCAACACUUCCAUUAGUGUCAGAUGCCUGUGCUCCCUCGCCACGCACCAUGGUUCCCAUCCUUCGAUCCAUGUGCCACUACAGAACUUGGUAGUGAUGUUGGAGUAAAGGGUCAUAGUUGGGGACAAAGGCAUCGGAUACUCCCAGAAAUGUUGAAUUUCGACUACACUGAGGCUACAGCACUGAAACCGAAAGAAGGUGACAGAUAUAGGCCACUGGAGAAACACGUAUUUGUAGGAAGCAGCAUGUGAUAAUCACUUAUUUGAACCAUCAGAGUUUAUAAUAAAUCCUACUGAUGUUUGGCGCACAACUAUGUGGACCUUCUUUCCUCAAUUCUACAUAAUUUGCAGGUCAGCAAUGGUCAGCUUCCAACUGCAGGUUUCCUUAAGGCACAAACAAGCUUUGUGCCUCGGGACUUAGAGAUGUUCCUUGUGUAUGGACAGCUGUCAAGACUUCCAGCAUCAUUUGUACCCAGGCCGGAGGUGGACUUGGCCAGCCUGUUUCAGGAGUUGGUCAGUUCCUCAAAAAGCUGAGACAAUGGUGCUUCUCUCUCUCUCUCUCUCUCUUUAAUUAUGAGCUUUAGUAUCUGCUUAGACUUUUCUGUCUAUUUUAUUUUAGCAUUUUAAUCCUAAACAACCAUGCAUCUGUUCACUUAUUUUAAGACUUAAUCUGUAGAUUGUAGCUACAAAAUAGCCGCCAUCUUGAUUACAUACAUAUGAUAUUCUAGAAUAGUGCCAUGGCUCGUUCCAUGGCUAUGCUGUGUGUGUGUGUGUGUGUGUGUCUAUAUGUUAUCGUAGUGCAGAACAUUCACAUUUAAUCUAAAACCUUUUUACCUAUUGUAGACUAUGGGCUUGAUUUACCAAAACUGGAAAGUGAAAAAUCUGGUGCAGCUCUGCAUGGUAGCCAAUCCGCUUCUUCAAUGAAGCUUUGACAAAAAAAAUUGGAAGCUGAUUGGUUUCUAUGCAGAGCUGCACCAGAAUUUGCACUUUCCAUACUUCGUAAAUCAACCCUUCGUGUCUAUAGUGUUAUCAGCUCAGCCAGUGUGGAUGUUUACGGUCUCCCCAGAGCAGUGAGAGGCUAAGGCCCCGUACACACGUCCAAGAAACUCGACGGGCAAAA